UCCUUCUCUACCCUUCCCUCGCGCCGCCGCCACCGCAAGAGUAUCUCAACUCCGCCUCGAGACCUCCCCCCCUCGCUGGUCUCAGCCAUGGUGAAAUAUUCGACGGAGCCGUCCAACCCCACCAAGUCCGCUAAGGCCAUGGGCCGUGACCUACGUGUUCACUUCAAGAACACACGUGAGACAGCUUUUGCCCUUAGGAAGUUGUCACUCACCAAGGCCAAAAGUUACCUUGAGGAUGUGAUCGCCCACAAGCAGGCCAUCCCGUUCCGCAGGUAUUGUGGUGGUGUUGGGCGCACUGCUCAGGCUAAGUCUCGCCACUCAAAUGGUCAGGGACGCUGGCCUGUCAAGUCUGCUAAAUUCAUUCUAGACCUUCUCAAGAAUGCAGAGAGCAAUGCUGAGGUGAAAGGACUUGAUGUGGAUACCCUCUAUGUGUCGCACAUUCAAGUUAAUCAGGCUCAGAAGCAGCGACGCAGGACAUACCGUGCUCAUGGACGCAUCAACCCUUACAUGUCCUCCCCAUGCCACAUAGAGCUCAUCUUGUCGGAGAAGGAAGAACCAGUGAAGAAAGAGGCCGAGUCUCAGAUCGCAACCAGGAAGGCUUAGAGAAGGGGCUCUAUCUUCUGUGAUUGGCUUAGUACAAGUUUUGGCUGAUUAUUUGUUGUCUCAUACUGUUUACCUGAGUAUUGUUUGCAAGUGCUUUAUCACUGUCCGAACUGUGCAUGCAAUUCACUGGUCUAGAGUAUUGUUCGUGGAUUGUUUCAUAUUUGUGCGUAUGGCUCAUGUCUGUUGCUUUGCUUUAAUCUGUACCGAACAUUAAGUGUAGCAUUAACAAUCUGAAGCGAACAUCAAGAGUAGGGCUGUCCUUAGC